AUGUCGCAACUAAAACCCUCUUAUUCCUAUGAUGCUCCCUCGCACUUCAUUAAUUUUACAUCUUUGGAUGAUGAAGAUACAGAAAACGUAGAUUCUUGGUUUGAUGAGAAGGCCAAUUUGGAGAAUAAAUUUCUGGGGAAGAAUUGGGCAAGAGGAUUACCUCAGAAAAUUCCUUUGAGAAAGACUAAUUUCCAGAAAGCUAUUGUUACUCCUUUGAGAACAGUUAACAAUAUGUACAAAGAGGCAGAAAAAGAAAAUCUGGUGGAACAGUCCAUUUCAUUAAAUUCUCGUUCUUUCCCAAAAGUCAAGGGAACUAAGACAAGAAGUACUCCAAACCAACCUCAGAGAAGAUCUGUUAGACUCUCUGCUCAGAAGGAUUUGGAGCAGAAAGAAAAGCAACAUGUUAAAAUGAAAGCCAGGAGUGGAAAAACCAAGAGAUGUGCCACUCCUGUAAUCCAUGAAAUUCCACCCUCCAAUAAAAUGAGAGUUAGCAGAAAGAAGCCAGAGGAAGAGAAAGGAUGCAGUGCUCAACAAGAAAAGAACAAGUCUGCUCCAGAAAAAGCUAAGGGCAGACAUAAUGUGCCAGGAAGGCAGAAAAUUCUAAAAAGUACUGAGGAGCAAAAGUCGGAGAAGAGAAUGAAGAUGCAGCAGGAGGUGAUGGAGAUGCAGAAAAAGAAUGAAGAAUUCAAAUAUAAAUUCAAAGCACGGGAACUUGAUCCCAGGAUUCUUGAAAGGGGGCCCAUCUUGCCUAAAAAACCACCGGCGAAACCACCCACUCAGCCUAUUGGCUUUGAUUUAGAAAUUGAGAAAAGAAUCCAGGAACGAAGGUCAAAGAAGAAAUCAGAGGAUGAACAUUUUGAAUUUCGUUCCAUACCAUGCCCCUCUAAGAUCUUGAAAGAUGUUGUGGGUGCUGCACAGAUGAUUGUGAACCUGGUGAAGAAUUUAGUGUACAACCUGAACACAAUAAGCAGCCUACUUGGUGAAACACAUCUUGUUAUAGGUAAAGGUAAGGGUGUUCCUGAAAAGAAAGUCCUUCCAAUCACAGUUCCCAGGUCACCAGCCUUUGCAUUAAAGAACAAAAUUCGAAUGCCCACUAAAGAAGUUGAAGAAGAAGAGCUUCUUAAGAACGUCUUAGCUCUUCCUAAAAGAGGAAGAAGAGUAACAAGAGCUCAAACUGUGCCUCAUUCUGGGGUGCCUUUUAAGCCCCAAAUUCCAAAGGCAAGAACGGUGAAAAUGUGCCCUUUCUCUUUUGAUUCUCGGGACAAGGAACGUCAGUUACAGAAAGAGAAGAAAAUUAAAGAACUGCAAAAAGGGAAGGAGAUGCCCAAGUUCAAGGCACUUCCUGUGCCUCGUUUUGACACUGUUAACCUACCAAAGAAGAAGGUGAAGAACUUGACCCAGAUUGAGCCCUUCUCCCUGAAGACAGACAAAAGAGGUGCUCUGAAGGCACAAACUUUGAAACAUCAGCUGGAAGAACUGAAACAGCAGAAAGAAGCAACUUGCUUUAAGGCUCGGCCAAACAACAUCACUUCCCAGGAGCCCUUUGUUCCCAAGAAAGAGAAAAAAAACCUUUCUGUUCAGGAACCAUUUCAGCUGGCCACAGAGAGGCGAGCUAAGGAGUGGCAGAAACUGAAGAAGAAAGUGGCGGAGGACAAAGCCAAAAAAGGCCAGCCGUUGGAGGAGGCCAGACAACAGAAGGAAGAGCUGGCUAGGAUCCGGAAAGCACUGGUACACAAAGCUAAUCCAAUACGCAAGUACUGGGGUGUGAAGAUAAAGUCAAGUGGCCAGCUUCUGACUAUGCCACUGUCUCCCAAGUUCUCUACUCGAUUCCAGUGCUAA